CUCGCACCAUUGAGGCGGGUCCUUGAUUUUUCCGCCCAGAGCUGUUGGUCGCCCAAAGCGCAACCGAGCUCUCCCGAUUGGUCGAGGUACCCCGGGUCUCCAUUCAAGGCCCGCUUCCUGCCUCCUUCUACUUCGGAUAGACCAUGGCCCUGAGAGCAUGUGGCUUGAUCAUCUUCCGAAGACACCUCAUUCCCAAGAUGGACAACACUGCAGUUGAGUUUCUACUGCUGCAGGCAUCAGAUGGCAUUCAUCACUGGACUCCUCCCAAAGGCCAUGUGGAACCAGGAGAAAGUGACUUGGAUACUGCCCUUCGGGAGACUCAGGAGGAAGCAGGCAUAGAAGCAGGCCAGCUGACCAUCAUUGAGGGAUUCAGAAGGGAGCUCAAUUAUGUGGCCUGGGAGAAGCCUAAAACUGUCAUCUACUGGCUGGCGGAGGUAAAGGACUAUGACGUGGAGGUCCGCCUCUCUCCCGAGCACCAGGCCUACCGCUGGCUGGGGCUCGAUGAAGCCUGCCAGUUGGCUCAGUUCAAGGACCUGAAGGCGGUGCUCCAAGAAGGACACCAGUUUCUCUGCUCCACAGCACCCUGAACUGACCACAGCAGUGUCUUUUGCCUCAGUAGGAUCCUUGAGGCCUUCUGAGAUGAACUACCUUUGCUUCCAGGGAAGCCUGUGCUGGUCUUUGGCUCAUUAUAACGGAGAGCAGAUAGGCUAGUAAAAUCAGCUGAGGACUGUCAGAGACGCGCAAGCAAAAAUCUCAGCUGGGUGGAAAGGAAGGGAAAGGAGAAGUUAAAAAAAAAAAAAGGCCAGGCCCAGUGAAUGCAUCCUUAUACUUUAUGAAUAAACCUCAAACAGCUUAUCUCUCCUUCUAA